AGGAAAGCAAAACCCCAAAACUGGGGUUUGGGCUUCUUGGCGCCAUUAGAGCCAGUGAUUGUUCUUGAGAAAUCGAAGGAGAAAUGGCGGACCUGGCCUCUCCCAUGGAGAUCGAUCCUAGUUUUCCGAAGCCCACCGACUCUGGCGUGCAUAAAGGCAAGACCGCUGCCAUCUCCACUGGCUCCAAAUCAGCUCCUUGGGUCGAGAAGUACCGUCCUCAAUCCCUAGCCGACGUUGCCGCCCACCGUGACAUCAUUGACACCAUUGAUCGUCUGACAAAUGAGAACAAGCUACCGCACUUGCUGCUCUAUGGACCACCGGGGACGGGAAAGACAUCAACAAUACUGGCUGUGGCUCGGAAGCUCUAUGGAUCACAGUACCGCAACAUGAUCCUCGAACUCAAUGCCUCUGAUGAUAGGGGCAUUGAUGUUGUCCGUCAGCAGAUCGUUGAUUUCGCCAGUGCGCGCAGUCUCUCCUUCAGUGGGCAGGCUCCUGUGAAGUUGGUUCUGCUGGAUGAAGCUGAUGCUAUGACCAAGGAUGCGCAAUUUGCAUUACGUAGAGUGAUUGAGAAGCAUACCAAGAGCACUAGAUUUGCUCUCAUCUGCAAUCAUGUCAAUAAAAUUAUUCCAGCGUUGCAGUCGAGAUGCACAAGGUUUAGGUUUGCACCGCUUGACGCUACAUAUAUCAGAGAACGGAUUCAGUAUGUUAUAAAGGCUGAAGGGCUUGAUGUGGAUGAGGGUGGCCUGACAGCAUUAGUGCGCUUAAGCAAUGGUGACAUGAGAAAGGCUUUGAAUAUAUUGCAGUCAACACAUAUGGCUUCUCCACAUAUAACUGAAGAAGCUGUCUACCUGUGUACUGGGAAUCCUAUGCCCAAGGAUAUUGAGCAGAUAGCCUUCUGGCUUCUUAAUGAAUCAUUUACUACUAGUUUUAGAAAAAUAUCUGAUAUGAAAAUGAGGAAAGGACUUGCGUUGGUUGAUAUUGUCCGCGAGGUUACUAUGUUUGUGUUUAAGAUCAAAAUGCCAUCAGAUGUCCGAGUUAAACUAAUCAAUGAUUUGGCUGAUAUUGAGUAUAGACUGAGUUUUGGAUGCAACGAUAAGCUGCAGCUCGGGUCACUUGUUUCUACUUUCACAAAUGCCAGAUGUGCCAUCGUUGCUGCGGCCAAGUAACUCGCAAUCUAACGGCCUGACUUCACCGGCGUAAUAUCUAAUAGCAAGCUUUUUUUGAGAAACUUGAUGUAAAUUUUUAUCUAUUUGAGCUGCUCAGAAAGCUAGAAUUGAGACACUCUUGUAGCCAAGCUUGUCUCUAGAGUUUUUUAGUGGAUUAAAUAUGAGCGUAUGUUGUUUCAUGCUU